CUUUUUGGUUAGAGGUUGGGUUUUACGUCAUUUCCCUUUCUACCAGUAAGCAGGAAGGUAAAACUGGAGGAAGAUAGCAAAACUGGCGUUAAUUUGACAAGUAGCUGUAUCCUGUUGGGAGGCAGGCAUAUCCAAGGGGUGUCAUGAAAUUUUCAGGCCCCCUGGAGAGCCGGAGGCUGUCUUUCCUUCUGGAAAUGGCAGUCUCUAGAGAAGCUCAGAUGUGGAAAGAGUAUGUGCCAAAAAUUCCCACCAAUCAGGAUACAGCUGCUUCUCCAGCACAGAGGGAUGAAGUAGUACAAUGGUUAACUGAUCUCAACUGCCAGUUCCGCCUUUACCCAGAAACGCUUGCUUUGGCCAUCAGUAUCUUGGACAGGUUUUUAGCAUCUGUAAAGGCCCAUCCAAAAUACUUGCGUUGCAUUGCCAUCACCUGCUUUUUCCUUUCUGCCAAGACCAAUGAGGAAGAUGAGAGGAUUCCUGCCCUGAAGGUACUAGCCAGAAACAGCUACUGUGGCUGUUCUCCUGCUGAAAUUCUUAGGAUGGAGCGUGUCAUCUUGCAGAAGCUAAACUGGGACCUUCAUACGGCAACACCCCUUCACUUUCUCCAAAUUUUCCAUGCAUUGGCAAUGUCCAGCUGUCCACGACUGCUAGACAGCUUGCCGGAGAUUAACCCUUCACAGCACAUGGCAUUCCUUACUAGGCAGAUCCAUCAGUGUCUCGCCUGUCAUCAGUAUCUUCAGUUCAAAGGUUCUGUGCUGGCACUGGCAGUUAUCACUUUGGAGAUUGAAAAACUCAUUCCUGAUUGGUUAGCUCUCACUAUUGACCUGUUGAAGAAAGCACAGAUUGAUAGCUCACAGCUGAUUUGCUGUAGGGAGCUCAUGGCACGUAACCUCUCUGCUAUCCCAGCUUCUCUGCCUCCCAACAUUGUGUUCAUCUACAGCUCCCGGAAACAAACCGUAGUUCCCUGUGACAUAGGAGUAUUCAGAUAUCAUUCCUCUGUCUCAGGGCCUGGUUUUACUGCUGCCAAGGAUAACAGCUCAUCAGACACACAUAAUCAAAUUACAGCACCUUACCAGCACUUGUCUGCUCCCAUAACCUGCAAACUUGCUUCUGCCAAACGCAAAGUUGAGGAGAUGGAAGUGGAUGAGUUCUAUGAUGGGAUUAAACGCCUCUAUAAUGAAGACAGCGCUCAAGAUGUGAUGGUCAGGGAGAAUAUGAGCUUUCUCUAUAAUGCCAGUGCCUCAAGGCAAGAAGGCAAUGCUUCUCCAUGUCCACCACUGCAGCCAGUGAGUGUUCUGUGAAGGCAUCAUCAGUCUCUUAAGAAACCGCACAUAUGGAAAAGUUCAGUGGCAUACCCUACCAGGCUAAAGUGAGUUCCCCCUAAAAAACUUUUAAUUAUUCUCGUGUUGCUAAUCAUAGUUUGACCAUUUUAAGUAUUUGUAAAACAAAAAAAAAGUUCUGAAAAAAAGCAACAAAAUAUCCCAAAAUUUUAAUAAAAAAAAGCACAAUAUUUUUUGUCUUUCUAAUAUUUGUAUUAGUAAAAAUGUUUCUGCUUAACAGUAUUGCUUACUUUUACCCAUCCUUGGCACAAGAACCCCGUUUUAAAUGUUUCUUAGUACAGAAGCUUAGUUUGCUACAUGGUUUUGUAGUGCUGUUCUUGUUAAAGUGCAUUUUUUUAAACUCAGAGUCUUGUGCAUGACUUCUUGAAUCCUUACGGGCAUCUGAUUAAAAAGCACUUUGAUAGCUGUUCUCAUGAUGGUAUAUAAAAAAAAGUUAUGUAAGAUGAAAAAAAAAGAAAAGAAAUUAAAAUUACAAGAUGCUAUGUACACAGAAAUGGUACAUCUUGUAGGAGUCACUUUUUAUUUCCUGUCAAUAAAGAAUGCAGAGUAUCCUUGAGUUUUUGUAAACCUUAAGAUCCAAAGUAGGUUUUCUGUGUUUUUGUUCUUUUUGACUGCUUAAGAAAUGCAUUUUCUGUUCUAUGCUCAAUCAGUAUUUCAUGUUGGACGUUAACAAUCCAUUGGAAUAUUUAUGCAGGAGUUGAGAACAGCUAUCACUUUGAGUAUUUUUUAAUUUAUUAAAAAAGGGGUUUUGCACAUCAGGCCUGUGUAAGAUGAAUGUGGAAUGUUGCAAAACUGGUGCACUACCCAGGAUUGCCUCAUCAAGCAGUUAUAAGUGAAACCAAAAAUGCUUAUUGGAGUUAUUCUUUACAAUGUUUUUUAUGCACACCAUUCACUGUUGCUGAGUUCUCUUUAAAACCUGAUAAAUGAACUCAAUAUGGCCUAAUGUUAACUGAUAAAAGCCUUCUGAGCUGUUGUUACUGAAUUGAGCCUUCUGGUAGCAAUAAAAAAUUACCUUGUA